CUUGAUCUUGACAACAUGAGAUAAAGUAUCUUACUUAUACUGGGCGUCUAGUAUUCUUAUUGAGAUGUUUAGUCAAUUCUUUUGUUUGCUAAAAUGCAGUUGUCAGUGGGAAUUGUUGUAAUUUUAGUUUCUGUCAGCUGUGUGAUAACAAUCCCGGUGCCUGACAAUGCAGACCUCGCAAGGAUAGUGAAUGGAGAAACAGUUGAUAUAACAGAAGUUCCAUAUCAGGCAGCUCUUAGAAGAAGAGUACUCUCAGGAUGGGCUCACAAUUGUGGUGCUGUCAUAAUUACAAACAGAGGACUUCUGACCGCUGCUCAUUGUGUUGAAACAUUCGUUUCACAACCAUCACUAUUACGAGUUGUAGUCGGUACUUCGUCCCGUCUUACUGGUGGAAAGACUUACGAUGUUUCGGUUAUUUACUCCCAUGAAAGCUUCUCAGCCACCACUUUGGAACAUGACAUUGCAUUAUUGGGUACUUCAAAAAUCAUGGACUUUAGCCAAUCCGUAGCUCCUGUAUCUAUAGCUUCAGAACAUUAUGUUCUACCUGAUGGUACCGGAGCUGUUGUAUCUGGGUUUGGAACGACGUCGUACGAAGGCUCAUCGUCUGAAGUACUGAUGGCAGCUCGAGUCAGCAUCGUCUCUCAAAGUGUAUGUGCCCGUGCCUAUCUACGCAUUGCCACUAUCGGGGAAGGAAUGGUGUGUGCCAAAGGCAGUAACCCACCAAGAGAUGCCUGCCAAGGUGACUCCGGUGGACCUCUAGUUGUAAGAAAUGUUCUAGUUGGUAUCGUGUCUUGGGGUGAAGGUUGUGCCAAUACAAAUUAUCCUGGAGUAUAUACAAGAGUUUCUGAAUACAAUCCAUGGAUAAAGCAAAAACUGGAGCUUUUGAGGGCUACUGGAUAAAUUUAUGAUCUGACAAAAAUAUGACAUGAUUAAGUAGAGAUGUAUGACUUUAAGUGGUGUGCUUUAUCACAAAACCUUUGCGGACAAACUAAAAGAGAAGGACCGAUUAUUGUUUGGACCUGGGUAUUGAAUUGGUGUGACUAUAGAAUUGCAUUGCUGCCCUAUCUAGAAGACAAGUUUUAGUUCUAUACUCUGGAUAAUCACUUCUUAUGCAUUUUUACCUUUUUUGAUUAUUGAUCAUUCCUCAUGAAAUUCUUGUAAAUUAUGCUUCAAAGUGUUUGUCCGAACUCAGGAAGGUUUUGUGGAUAACGAAUAAACACUUGUAUAAAUAGUAAAUAAAUAAUUAGUCUAAAUAUUUUUAUAGAAUAAAUCAAACAUAACUAUUAUGAAAUGUAGCGGUACCAGAUAAUUUCAGAAAACAAAUAUAACUUAAAGAAACUAUGUAUGUAAUUAAAAUACUUAAGUUACAAAUGUUUGUUAAACAGUAGACUUUAACUCAUGACGAGAUAACGGGAAUUAUAAAAAAAGUGUUACAUUUUCUCUAGUUCCAUGUAAUUUAUGCCAAUAUGCAAAUUUUGUAAAUAAAAAAUAUUUUAUUUUAUUUUCAA